AUGAUGACUGUUGUCGAGUAAGUACUAGUAGAUUGUCCAAGCAACGAAUAAGUCCUCCGGGAAAAUAUUUUUGAUUGAGGUUCCAUACAUGAUGUUAAUCCCUAAUACGCCAGGGAAUUUUUACGUCGAUAACCGUUUUGGCUCCUUAGUUAAGUUAACAACUAGCUCUGUUUUAGUCCGGUUCUGGCCCCAUUCUCUCUAUUACAGAGGGGCCGGAACCGGACAAGCUCUGUUUGGGCCCCGCCUUGGGACCAGUUGAGUGUAGGACCAAUGUGAUGCGUAUGCCUCGCGUGGGCCCUCGUGUCCCGUUUUUAUCUACCCUUUUAGGGUCCUUUGAGGCUCAUAACUUUUUCAACAUUUUUUUUUGAUCUGUGCAUUGUUUUUGUGGUUCUUUUCUUUGUUCAUUGUUUUUAUUGCUUCAGUGAAAUUUUACUUUACAGUGCUGUUAUACCCAGUAAAGUUAUAAAUUAAAACAACAUAAACAACCGACCUAACUAAGGCGUAACUGCUAAGGUCUAGCGUUAACGUUAGGCGUUUAGCUAGUUUGGAAGUCGCAUAACAGAUGAAUUAGCCAUGUUAGCUAGGCCGAGGUUUUCCUAAGGCGUAAGCAAUCGUAGAAUGACACAUUAAGUGGUUUUCUUUAGAUAGCUUGUUGUGUUAAUGAGAUACAAAACUCUUAUGAGACUAUUUUAAUUGAUCUUUAGUUAUUUAGUUCAAAAAGGCCUCCCUGUUUUCAAUUUCACUGCUAGGUGCGGGACUCAAGUUGAUAUACGAAACAUACAAGAUUGUGAAAUAAGGUAACGUAUUUAGAGAACUUCACGUACUCGAGAUGAUUCAAGAUGUGAAUUUCUCAAAAUAGGAAAUGAGCAGAUAAAAACAGCUCAAAACAAUUCUUAUGGUUACAAAAAUUGCGUGAAACUGACUAAUUUAUGUGUAGAAAUAAUGAACACCAAGCGACAAGUAACGGGGAAACUUGGUCACGUGGUACAAAUUUGCGUUUGCCGUUUGACGUAAAGGUGAUGCUUAACCUCUCGUAGUUUGUUUGGUCGCUCACUCACGGCAAAGGAUAGCUACUUCACCAGAGAAAGAAAGGGACUAGAUGGGACCUGAAAGUAAUUUGAAAAACGGGCUUUAUGGAAAGGCUACGCCUUAUUCUUUCACUCUUGUGGUAUAGGAAAGUUACUAGAAGGCAGGAAAAUUCUCGUAGUUACUUAAGAGAAUUAAGAGAAGAAAUAAAGAGUCAUAAUGGCUCUUGAAGAAAUCGAACUGUAACUGCCAGGGAAAGGGCGUCAAGUAACCCUCACUCGCUGACUUAACAGGAAUAGAGAAAAUGUUGUUCUAACUUUAGAAUCUGAGGAUGAAAUUCUAUGCAAUUACCAGGGAAAUCUUUUAAGCAGUUUUUUUGCACGGUACAAUUUUACAAAUAAAAUUUAGGAUUUUUCUCAAUUUUCAUAUUUUACAAUAACUGAGCGAUUCCUCGCGCGCUGAUUGGUCGAAAGCUAUGUUCAAUAAGAGUACAGACCAUGGAAAUAACGUAAUGGUGCCGUUUCUAGUUAUCUCUAGCCUGGGACCAGACUCCGCAUUGUGGGAAAAAGGAGAAAAAAUCGGCGUUGGCGAAAAAAAAAACGGCGUGCGAAUGGCAAAAAGGGUGCGCCGCCCUUUCCCCCUCCCCAGGAUACCGCUCAGCUCGCUUCGCUUGGAAUUGCCGAUAUUUUUUCUAUUUGACCCCGUGUUUUGGCUUUUUCUCCCACUGCGGAGCCCGGUCCCAGGCUAAGCUACCUCCAGAUUAGGUGACCACAGCUUUACCAAGUCUUAGUUCAUUCUUCGAUUCGUUGGUUUCAGAUUGUUGCCACAUCGCAAUUGCACAAGUGUAGCUGUUCAGGUGGAGGAAGAGGACUUUGAACAGCAACCAGCUGACGAAAAACAGAUAACAAAUGAUGUGUAAGGAACUUCUUCUGGAUCAAUUCAAGUUUUUGCGAAACUGCCCACCUACCCCUCCCUUUAGCCAACAUUUUGCACCAAGUGAGAAGUAAGUGUUUAUGUUGACUUAGGGGAGGGGUAGGUGGGCAGUUUCCCGGAAACCUAAAUUGAUCCCUUCUUGUGUUUUGCUAGUAAAACAAACACGUGGUAGAACAUCCUAAGGAGUUUCGCAUGCACUUUUUCCAAGUCAUGCAUAGCAUACAGCUCCAUUAAUUAAUUAUGGUGCAAAGAAGAGUAAACUAAGAGAAAAUCAGGGGCAAAUAUGAUAAAUACCUCAUUUGCAUCCUGACACGGGCUUAAAAUUCGAGGGCCAAUACAGCAUUUACCAUCUUGCCCCUGAUUUCCCAUUCCAUCUUAUAUAUUUGCCCCGAGCAAAGUUAAUUAUAUGCAAUUUUUAUUUUUCGUGCAGUACAGUCACGUGCGCAAAAGAAAGAACUGAACGUCACGAGUCGAACGAAACAUUUUCUUGGCGAUAAAAAUGCUGUGCACAACCUAACCUGAGAUCAUACGCCUCCUAAAUCCGCGUCACCAAAGAUUAUAUAAUCAGACGUCUGUACGAUCCGAACGCAGGCUAAGUGCAAUGUUGUCCAAGUAUCACCCGAUUUAAAACAAAAACGUUCUUGCGCUUAAUGGCAAAUCAAGCAAAAACAACUUGUUGACGACACUGAUGACGACGCACAUCGUUCUACCAAUGGCAGACCGGCAAAUUGAGCACUGGAAGUCACGUUCAGUCCAUUCUGCUUCCUUAAAUUUCAUAUUGAACGCGCAAGCGAACCUGGUCCUCACUAGCGACGCGAGCAUAAGCUGCAUAAGCCUUCUGACCAUAAGGAGCUUUUCCGCUAGCAAGAACGGCCGUGAUAAAGCCGCAUAAACAUAAACACAAUAAUAUAUCAAAACCUUGCGUUUUUCUUAUACUUAUGCUUAUGUCACUUAUGCUUAGUGCGUGUUGCAUGCGUCGCUAGCGAGGACCUGCUAUUCGACUACAAGCUGCAUGCGAUGUUGGACAUUUGAGUUUAAUCCAGCUUUCCUCGGUCACAUAUGCCUGAAGCCCUAGUCAAAAGUAGCCUGUUUACAGUGUCCUGUUUUUCAGUAACACUAUGUCGACUAGAUGGAGCGCUAACCAUUACGGGCAAUCAUCUUGGUUUCAAAUGUAUCAAGUCUCACCCGAGUCUAACCUGGGGAAGAGUAAACGCACAGUACCCCUGCCGUGAUUUGAAACCGAGAUGGAUGCUUGCAACCGUGAGAGCUCGAUCUCAAUGAUCGAACAACUCUGCCCGGAACCCCUUAUUAUAGAGAUUAAGCAUCGCGUUUACGGCAAACGGCAAACGUGUGAGAUUCAAGUUGAGAAAUUUUCAAAAUGAGAAAUGAGCAGAUAAAAACAGCUUAAAACAAUUCUUAUGGAUAGAAUUGGCGUGAAUCUACCGAUUUUCGUGUAGUUAUAAUAAACAGUAGAGACAAGUAAAGGGGAAACUUGGUCACGUGGUACAAAUUCACGUUUGCCGUUUGCCGUAAACUCUAUUUUCUAACUCUCAGCUUUUUUUCUCUUUCCUAGCCUCUUCUUGCUUUUUUGUUCCUUUUUUAUACAUAAAGUAACGCCAAUUUAUCACUAUCUAGGGAAGACGCAAGGAAGCCUCUGGAAUACCGUUGUGAUUAUUGUUACGGUUGUUUGCUGUGUGAAAAAGAACGCCCCUGGUAUAGCCUGCACGGAAAGGGUGCGUUGCUUUAUUGUACUAACAACGUUUCUUCUUAAUAUCAAGAUACAAAACCAGUCUGCUCUCUGUGUACCCUGGGUAACAGAGGUACUUUUCUCGAGCUUGCGUGCGGAAGGAUGCUUCGGUGACGGCCGCAAACUAGGAAUUUUUCUGCUAAAUGCCGAAGUCACAAGUGGCGAAGCCAACCCCGUCACGUCCAAAUUCUGGACUAAGCCGAUGUAACCGUGCUUGCGAUUAGCUCGAGGCUAUCAAAGCAAUAGCGAUGUGGUCCAGAGGCUUUUCGCGCCAGUCACCACAGUACAAAGACUUGACUGAAAUCGGCAUGACCGAGGAGCCCAUGGUUAUAGGCUCCUAGCAUGAAAAUUCUCUGGCACCAAAGGUAUUCUCCGUGCUCAUUUCCUACCCGAAGGGACCCUAAUAAUAGAACCACGCUUUUCCAGUUAACCCAGCAAGUACAGACUUGUCCCCAGUCCUUUUUUUAUUUGUUAUUGGAGAGACGCGCAUGGAGUUAUGUAUCACAACGACGCUAUAUUCCCUUUGUACCUUUCCAUGACACCCAGCGUCCCUCAUACCGUUACCCCAAUCCAGUCUCCCCGAAAAUACAUUAGAAUUUUGUUCUCCUCAACUGCGACAGUUUUAUCGUAGUUUUAUAAUGUUAUUGUAGUUCAUUGUUGUAUUUUGUGCAUGUCAAGAGAGGAUCUUCUCUAGCUACAGCUAAGAGCCAUUAUGGCUCUUGCUAUAGUCUUACUUCGACCGCCACUGUUUUUAUUUCCCCUUCUCGAUCGCUGUCUUGUUAAACUAUAUAUCGUCAGACUCCCGACCGCCGUGAUUCUGUACAUCUUCUUUCCCAGUUUUCAUCCCAUUUGAUUUCUUUCCCACUUUUUUCCGGUUUCCUUUACAGUCUCUCAACGGACCACACUUUACUCCAUUUCAACUUCAUUGCCCAUCUCCAGUCUGACCCUUUCUUAUUACUAGCUACUAACUGCAUGUAUUUUCCUUUAUAUUGAUACUGUUCACCCUUUCCGCUAGAUGCCCAAAUCAAUGUAAAUAAUCCCAACUGCAAAACUGAGUCAUACUAAACUAUUUGAGUUUCUCUUUCAGCCUGUCCGUGGGUGUUACUCCUGACGCCUGGUUACCUGGUGCUGGGUGUAGUUCUAAUGCCUUUCUUUAUUCUUAUUGGCUUAGCCUACUGCGUAGCAGCCGCCAUUGAAUAA